AUGAAUGGGGUCGGGCCACGCGAUUCUCCGGGCGGCCGGACACCUGAUGCAAUGGACCGGAAUGAAAAUCCCGGUCAACUAUUUCUUGUGCUACAUGGUGUGUGGUGUGUGUUGCAGGCGACACUGAUGGCGCUGGCGGCGCUGGCGGUGACCGGCGGCGCGGAAGCCGGGUACGCGUACGGACGGCCGGCGACCGGCCUGGUGUACGGCGGCGGCGGCGGCAGCUACGUGAGCCGGUCGGGCGUGGGCGUGGGCGGCGGCGGCGGCGACACCCUCACCGUGCUGGCGGACGAGCCGUACGCCGUGGACUCGGCGCUGGCCGCCGUGCCGCUGCUCAUCAUCCCCAGCAGCCAGCUGCGCGUGGUGCACGACGCGCGCAUCGCCGCCGUCAGCCCCACGCGCCCCGUCGUCACGCUGCAGGCGCCGGAGCGCGAAGCGACGCCCGCCGUGCGGGUGGUGCUGGCGCGGCCGAUGGUGGUGUCGUCGCCGGAGACCACCAUCCCGUUCCCCGCCCGCUUCACCGUGGUGCACCAGGGCCUGCGCAUGCCCAUCCCGGUGGGCGCCGUGCUGGCGCCCGUGCCCAGCGGCGCGCUCGUCACCGCCUCCCACCCGUACGCCGUGCGCGUCGUGUACGCCGUGCCCACCGGGCCUCUGCCCUUCGCCUACCCCUUCCACUCGCAGUACCCCUUCAGCCACCCGCUGUUCAUUAACGCUGGCCCCGUGAGCGGCACCGCCCUCGCCACCGUGCCCGUGCGGCCGGGCUUCGGCGCGCAGCGGCCCGGCCUGGCGCCCACCUACCCGCGCCCGGGCUUCGGCGCGCAGCGCCCGCCCGGCCUGGCGCCCUCUCGCCCCGUCGCCCCUUCCACCCCCGCCCCGCCCGCCGCCGCGCCCUCCUCCUCCUCCCCGGGCCCCGCCCGCCCGCCCCGAAGCUGCCGUCGCGGGCCACCACAGCAGAUUCCGCCCCCGCCCGCCCUGGCCGUGUCCAGCGGCCGCCCCGUUUCAUCAACCGGUGCUCGGACCUUCCCAAGGCCACCAUCGCCUCCCCGCCCGUGA